ACGUCAUCCAUUACCAACGACUUACCGUUACGGCGUCGCAUCGUCCGUUAACCGUUUGGCGGCGGCGGAGUCUAGUACAGAAGUUGGAAAUCGAAAUCAGCUGCCGACAGAUCGUUUUCUUAUUCUUUGUCGUCGUUGUCAGAGCAAUCGGGUCGCCGGACGUGGUGACGAACAAAGAACCAGAAGGACUGCUCAAAUAUUUAUCAUCCUGUCAUGGCGCCGACUACUAGGAGAAGUAAUGGAGUGGCACGUAGGCCAACAGCUCGUCAGCCCAUACCUAAAAAUGUGUUGGUAGAGUUGAGCACCAGUCAUAAUAAAGCAUGCAUGUUUUGUGGACAGAAAGAAAUAAGCGAAAAAUUGUAUGGCCUCCUAUAUCAACUCAAUGAUGUUAUUUGUCAUUAUUUUUGUAUUUUAUUAUCGUCAAGGGCCAAUCAAAAUGGUACAGACAAGGAGGGGAUUUGGGGAUUUUUAUUAAAAGAUAUAAAAGCCGAACUAACCAGAGGAUCUAAAGAAACUUGUUUUUAUUGCAAGAAAAAGGGCGCAACUAUAUCAUGUUGUGGAGUAAAAUGUCGAAAAGUGUUUCAUCUUCCUUGUGGAAUCAAAAAUGGAUCUAUGCAUCAAUAUUUUCAAUCAUUUAAAUCGUUUUGUAAACAGCAUCGUAUUACCCAAGCUAUAGAUUUAAUUGAGUUACAAACUUCUGCUUCUGUACAAUGUGCUAUUUGCAAAGAUGAUGUUAUAGCGUCUCCUUUACCAACAUCUAUUUGGGCACCGUGUUGCAAACGUAAUGCUUGGUUUCACCGAGGAUGUAUUCAAGAUCUGGCAUUGAGUGCAGGCUACUUUUUUAAAUGCCCAUUAUGCAAUAAUGUUGAUACUUUCAAGAGCAGGAUGCUCACCCUUGGUAUAUAUAUACCAUCACGUUACCUGAAAAAAUUAAAUCACAGGGACGCAUCUUGGGAAACUGUACCCAACGCUUUUGCAGAACUCUUAGAAAGACAUAGUUCAUGCAAUGCUCAAACAUGCUUAUGUCCUCAUCAAAAUAGGCGAACACAUCAACAAGAGGCUGGUUCCUGGGAGAUUAUACUCUGCCAUACAUGUGGCUCAAAUGGAACCCAUAGAUUGUGUAGUUCUAUCAAAUGUGAUCAACGCUGGCUUUGUACAGCUUGCGCGGUUGUUGCAGAUAAGUCCAAGAAAAGACGAUUAGAAUUACCUAUUGAGGGGAAUUGUAGUGGCAUUUCAGUUUUGUUUGAACCAAGACCAAACAGAUUAGCUCUAAAUCGGCCACCACCAGAUGAUACAAUAAGUAUUUCUUCAGAUGACAGUAAUGAUAGCAGUAUACAGUGUAUAACUUAUAUUAAUCCACCACAGCCUCAAGUUAUUCAAACGCCUCAAAUUCGUUUGCCAGUAAUAGCUAGCUACACAUCAAUGAGUACAGGUUCUACAAGAAGUCGCUUUCACCGUAGAUUUCCUAUUUCUGCAAGCCAGUCGAAAUCUUUGACUUAUGUCAUAUCAGAUAGUAUUGAUUUAACUACAGACGAUGACGAUGGUGCAAAUAACACAUGACAUAUAUAAAUGAAUAAUUGGACUACCAAUUGAAUUUGAUAUUAUAUAAUGUCCAGAUUGUAUACAUGAUGCUUACCAUAGAGCAAAUUAUACAAUUUAAGACUGAUAGAUUGGAUUUUCCUUCAUUUUAGCUAUUUGCCAAUUUAAAACUGCUAUCUGAAAUUAAAUGUAAUAGUUUCUACCCAAUUUUUAAUAUUGUAGUUAAUCAUUAAUUUAGUUAAAUAUAAACUGUAAAACACUGCCCAUAACUACUCUAACAUAACUAAGAUAAUAUUAUGUUAUAUUGUUUCUAAUUUUUGAUUAAAUUUUUUUUCUUUUCUUUUGUGACCAAGUUUUCGUUUAAACUGUUACAUUUUUAAUUAUAUGUAUUAAGUAUUCAAGUUUAUAUAACAAAAGUAAAUAUUUAAGAAAAUAGAAAAAGUAUGUAUCAUGUAAUUAUGUUAAUAUAUUUUGAUGAAUGAAAAAUUAUAUAUCUUUCUUUUUAAUAUAAAAUACAAAGUUUGU